CGCUUGAGAGUGGACCGCUUGGAGAGUGGGAGCGCAGUCGCAGGUUAUCCAUCGCCUGGUGCACGAUCCACCAUCACUAAGAGUUCUUGGAUCUUCCUUUAUGUAAACGAGGAACUCAACAAAACAACUCAAGUCAACGUGCUUUCAAAUUGUUCCUCUUUUUUUUCUCUUUUGCCCCUCUCUCCUUUUUUCCACCCUCCCUGAUUAGGAUAAACCAUCCCGUGUUUUGUAAAGCCAAUUGUUGGUGCGCAUCAUCGCGGGAGUCAAAAGGAGGUUUGCCACUGUUCCUAUAAGAGACUGGUAAGUAAGGAGACCUCACGUUGCAUGUCUCUUUCUCUCUUGCAUGAUCAUUUCUCUCUCCUACUCGGACGUAAGAAUCUAACCUCUGCUUUUGUUAGUUUUUAACUUUGAUUCAUGUGGCAUUUUAACUUUGUAAGACUGCUGAGUCACUGAAAGUACUGUGCGCAGAUGGAGAGGGCUGGGUUGGUUGGUUGUAAUGCACGCACAAUAUCACUCAAAGUACUUAGUUUUUAGGCUCAAUAAUGUAGCCUACCUCAAACAUAUGAAGCUAAAAGUCAGAUAUUUGUGAGUUAUUUUAUUACAGCUCUGGUUGCAUGUUGCAGACAGCUUGGUUUUCAGCCCACCCAUCAUGCAACUUUUUGUGCACCUGUGUACAAUUUCUCUUCUGUGGCUCUUGUAAUUCAUGUGUAAUUCAUCAAUUGAAUUAAAAGUUUCUAAUUAGAUCAAAGCCUAUUUGUUAACAUUGAAGCUGGCUUCAGAUCGUCUGUCUCAGAUUUUCUGAGUGAAAUAAAUGGAACUGCUUUCCCCUUUAUUUGAACAUUCACAUACAUAAGUGUGGACAACUCAAUGGGCGUGGUUUUGCAUCAAUUAGAUCAUCCUAUUUACAUGAUCCAAAUUCCCUGGAAAAAAAAUCACUGAAUCUAUCUAAUCUUUUGGUUAUGAGGUCACCUUUUUAAUUCUUCUUUCUUUGCUCUCCUCCCUCUCUUCCUCCCUCUCUCUCUCUCACUCAGCAGGCUGCUGGAGCGUCAUGACAGCUGAGAAGAGCGGGCCCGUUAUAAACGGUAAACCAGAGGAUGGCAAAGACCCGGAAGGGUCCAACUCCAGCCUGGAUAACAGGGACUACAAUGAGAGGGGCCAUUGGAACAACAAGAUCGAGUUCGUCCUGUCGGUGGCCGGAGAGAUCAUCGGUCUGGGAAACGUCUGGAGGUUUCCUUACCUCUGCUACAAGAAUGGAGGAGGUGGGGAAGUUUUUCUUAUCAUUAGGUAGGGACAUGAACCCAUAACAGAAGCAGGAGAGGUUAGUGUGCUUAAAAGCUGGCUGAUCUGGAGCUGAGAAAAUAAGUUAAAAAGGUAUGAAUGCCUAAUACAAGAUUACAAGAGGCACCAGGUUUGAGCGGAUAUUAUGUUGGUCUGAUUCAUGAUUGGAUUUUUCGUUCCAAUAAUGAAGUUCUUCUCAUGUCAUUCAUAAUGCACCGUCAUGUCCGUUAAGGAGGUCGGUUCCCUCAUUAGGCAUCAUUAGGCUGCUCAGCAUGUAUCCUCCUCAUAGUCUAAAAAGGUCAUCUUUCAGUAUGGGUGAGGCGUCAUGGUGAGCACUUUUAUCUCAAUGUUUGUAACUGUUUGUAACUAAGACCUUUUAAAAUCAUUAUUAAAGGUUCAUUUUGAACCUCUUGAUCAACUGUUAUUUGUCUUAUUUUUUAUUUUCUCUUGUGUACAAAAAGGUGCGUUCUUCGUCCCGUAUGUCAUCUUCUUCAUUUGCUGCGGUAUCCCCGUCUUUUUCCUGGAGACUGCUCUCGGUCAAUUCACCAGCGAGGGAGGUAUCACCUGUUGGAGGAAAAUCUGCCCACUAUUUGAGGGUGAGAAGGAAAAUUUUUGAUCAUAAACAUACAAAACAGUGAAACUCCUACAAAAAUACCAUCACAGAAACUGAGCUUAUAUUGAUUAUUCUUGUCACACUUUCAAACCCUAAUAAGCAAUUAAGUUCUUCAUGUCUUGUGCUGACUGUAUCUUCUUGCCUUUCAGGUAUUGGCUAUGCAACACAGGUGAUCGAAGCUCAUCUAAACGUGUACUAUAUAGUGAUCCUUGCUUGGGCCAUCUUCUACCUCUUCAACUGCUUCACCACUGAGCUGCCGUGGGCUGGCUGUGGGCACUACUGGAACACAGGUAGGAGAAGGGACUGGUUGAGUUUUUUCUAGGAAAUCAAUCCUAAAAGUUGUUUUUUUGUCCACCAGUUCAUUCUCACAAAGACUCUUGUUUGUUUAUGCAGAGAACUGUGUUGACUACUACGGAGAAAAUGCCACCAACAUCACAAACCCCAAUGCAACUUCUCCAGUCAUCGAGUUCUGGGAGUGAGUAUUUUUUUAUCUCUACUUUCCCUCCUCACACCAUCUUCACAUUCUCUCAUGUUCGAAUGAGACUGCACUGAUAGUUUGUAUGUGCAAGAUCUCAUUAGGGAGCAGUAAGCUGGCGGCUUUCAUCUCUUAGCAUACUUUUACAACAUAAGGUGAUAAUUUGUCAGUUGAGGCAAUCUACAGCAUCACAAGUCCUUCUUUGAUGUAACCACCCUCAGAAAUGUUAAAAAUCUGAGCUUCUGACAGCUCCAGACUGUUUCACUGACCCCCCAACCUUUCCCCCAAUAAUUAGUCAGCCCUUUUCAUAUUUGUGUGUCAACAGGCCCUGGUAGGCCAGCUGUCUCCCAGCUAGAGCCAUGUGUGUGGCAGCAGAUCAGGCUUUGUCAGUGUGUAAUGCUGACCACACUUCCUGUCUCGCUGCCAGUGGCUAUGUUUGCACUGCUGGGUCAAAUCUCUCUUUUUUUAAGCUUGGCGUGGCUGUCAAACAGUUAAAUUCAAACUGUGAUCCAUGUUUUUGUGUCUAAAUCAAAAUUUUAUGAUAAGAUUUGUGUGUCUGGGUUGACAAGAUUUAAACAAGCGUAAUAAGGAGUGGGUAAGGAUAUGCCGAAAAUGGCCAAAGAUCCAGAACACCAUGUUGCUGGCAAAAAUAACAACUGACCAGGCACUGUUCAGUCAAUGCCAAGGCUCACUGUAGUGUGUUACACUGUACAUACAGCAUAAACACACAUCAGAGUAGGAAGGCAAAGGAGCUGCUCUUGUCUUUUGUUUAGGUCGUUAUGUAGAUGAUUAAAAUCACUAUCGAAUCAAGAAAUUACAUUGAAUUGAAGCCUAUGAAAACAGCUUCAAUUUAUAAGAAUUCAAUGAAAACAGUAAAACAUAUUUGCCUAUUGAAGUUAACACACUGCACACGGUUAAACAAGAAAGAAGAAAGUUGCUCAAUAAAAAGUAAAAGGAAAAAUGACAGGACAAGAAUGACAAAGAUAAUCAGACUGACAUAUUACAUGCAGUAAGUGAAUGAGACAUCAUCCUUUUGUAAUGUCAUUGAGAUGAUGCAAUUUUUAGCAAAUUUAAAGAAUUAAAAACCGUGUCUUCCAUAAAAAUCACUAACGCAAAGACGGACUAAGCAAUUUCAUGAAAUUUUGUGGUAGAUACUGGGCUUCUUUUCAGUUAGCUUAGUUUAAAGCAAAAGUUUGAACCCUCAAAAAUUGUAUUUCUAAGAAAUUUGCCAAUACUAGGCGCAAAAGUCACACUAAGAUAUACAACACUAUGCCGCAAUUAAAAAAAAAAAUCUGAAUAUGUUUGGGGACACACACGUCUAUUUACACACAUUAGCGUUCACAUCUUGCCCUUUGGGCUGACCAGGGAGGGCUGUGUUUGGACCUUGCCUGUGGCCGGCCACCAAGAACAUGUCAUGAUGAUCAAUGGCUGGUCAGGAGCUCCGGGGGUGAACUUGGUGGCAACGAUUUGGCAGCACCAUGUAGCUCUGUGGCUCCAAUCUUGCUUCUCAUCCUCCGUCAAUGCUGUUGACUGGCUGUGCUUCAACAAACAGGAAGCAAACUGUUGAUUCACCAGCGCCUACAAGCUAUGAUGUCAUAAUCGCUGACUGCAUGCCCUGUAUCUCGAACCUAAGCCCCUCAACCUGUAGGUGUGUUACAGGACAGAACAUUUUAGCCGUAGAACUGCAGUACCACAACACGUUAGAAGCACCUCUUUGGAAGGAGUUUUUAACUCUCUCAAGUGGAGCAGCACGCCAAAUAAAACCAGAGUUUUGUUCAAAUAUUCCUAAUUUUUCCCCAUCGGAAAACUGAAUUUUGACUGUGCAGCACAACUGCAGAAAGGAAAGCUCAACAGCAGAGGGCAAAACAGUCAUUUUCUACUUGCAAAUUCAGUGGAUCUAAAAUCUUACAACAGUGUCUUACAAGCGCCAUUUUCGUCACUCCACUUGCUAGUUGGACUCUAAACAAAAACCACUCAACAGGGUAAAGUCACAGACACUUUUUUUGCCUGUCAGGCCUCUAGAGUUUCGUUAGUGUGCUGUCAUCAGACUUUGGCCAAGAUCGUGUCAACAACUUGCAGAUAGUCUGACCCCGAAUUUCCUUAAUUGCACACACACACUUCAUGACUUCUACACUUGGGGAUCUUCUCUAGUGUAAGAUCUCAGUUGGCCAAAAAAAAUAAUUCUGCCAGCAAGUUAGGACCUUAGUCUUGGGAACACAGUGCUGACAGCUGUGACACAGAUUAUCAAGACCCAGGUUUUGUGAUGGAACAAGAAUCAUUCACCAUGGUCUUGUGCUCACAAGUUGUCCUCAAAGUUGUGAUGUGCUGGUUUUAUACCAACAGAGCUGUCCCCUUGUGUUCUGCCUGGUUGAGCUUAGAUUCAGCUUAAGAACUUGCGGUUCAUUUCUUUGGUACUGAUCCUUAUAUCCAUCCUUAAUGCUCAUUGGGGCUUGACAUCUUGCAGGAUGAGAGGUAGCAUGAUGUGUGAUUAUAAAGUGUGUUCCUCAAACCGCUCUGACAGUAUUGGUGCGCACAAUGGCCAAACAGGCUCAGAGAUGGUGUCCAGGAAUACAAAGGAUUGUGUGUUCCUCUGCAGCUUAACAAACUAUGGGAAAUCCACUCAUCAGGCAAGCAGAAGACACUCUGCAGAAUGGAUAUCAUGAAUUCAAGACCACACCACUCUGGGUUCCAGUUGUAAGCAGACAGUGGGAGAAAGAUAAAGAUACCAGAACCAAAUGCCAUCCUUGCACUGUUCCACUCAAGUUCUUUCAGUUUUUUUGCUUGCUUGUCUUAUAACCUUGUAGAUGCAUCUUACUUUACUGCUACUUAGUUUGGCUGCAGAACAAUAGUGAUCCUUCAUGGACAGAGUAAGGAAGUAAUAGAGGGAACCACAGGAUUGAUUUGGUUGCUCUAUACUAUUGGUUUGUCAAGGAUGGCAUUAUGAGAUGGGACAGGCUGAUCCUUGAUUGGUGUUAAUCUGGGUGUAGUAAUCCUGCACUAAAGAGUUACUGAACUAAUGUCAUUUUAUGUAGCAUAUUUCUACUGUCUUGCAACUCACUUCAUACACUAUAAGCGCAAAUUGAACGACUAGUCCCCUUUGUCACCUCUCAUUACUGUGUGAUGCUAAGGCGGGUUUCAUGGGAGUAUGGUCAACCACCAAAAUUUGACAUUACUAUCUAUAUUGAGGAGUGUCAAGAAAAUGAUUAUUUUUCAUAAUCCUCCCUGUGCUGUAAAUUAUUUAGAACUUGCACUUGAACUUUCUUUCACAGUGUUAACAGCUGGUUUAACUUAAAGUACAAGCAAUAUCGAAUCUGUGACUAUGUGUGUUCUCUGUGCCCAAACUAGACGCAGAGUACUGAAGAUAUCAGAUGGUAUUGAGCACAUGGGAGGAGUGCGUUGGGAGCUGGCCAUGUGUCUGGCCUUGGCCUGGUUCAUCUGCUACUUCUGCAUCUGGAAGGGACCCAAGUCAACUGGCAAGGUGAGACACAGUAAUGCAUGUGUUUUAUCACUUUAAGUAGACUUAUACCAGUCUAUGUGGUCAAUGCUUUUUGAUUGCAAUGCAAAGAGUGUUUACCAAAUGUUGUAAUUGUAUGAUGUUUGCAUGGGAAGAACAAGAAGUUUGUAAGAGUUUUGGAGAUAUAGCAUGUUCCAGUCAGAGAUGUGGGAAUCAUUACAUUUACAUGAGUAUGCACCAGUACUUUAUUUCUUUUGGAAGAGCAGCAUGACAAGCUCCUUUCUAUUCUAGUCCUCAAAACAACUGCCUCACAGAAAAUCACACGCAGUCUUUUAAAAACAAAAAGGUUGUCUGGAUCAACCACUUCUACCCCUGUGCCUACUACCCUUUCCAUUUUAAUGUGCUCCUCAAGGCUCCUCUUCCAAGGACUUGGAAGAGGAGCCUUGUCAAGGACAGUGGGGACUCUGCACCUUGCUUUGAGGGCUCAGUAUCACUCGAGAAAAUAUUCUCAAAUUCAGUGGACUAGAGUAGAAAGGUAGAGAUGUAGUGGGAAAAGAGGUGAGACAGAGUAAAGAGAAAAAUGGGAAGGGUGUCUGAGAAAAAAAUGAAUGGGUUUGGAUUCUACAUGAUGGGGAAAAAAACAGUUAGGCGGCAAUGCCUAUAUCUCCCUGAAGUGUCUUUUGUGUGGCUGUGAAGUAAGAGGGGAGAAGGCUUCUUCAUGGCCAGGCUUUAGCAGCCGGUCCAAGAUUGAUUCCUGUAUUCACUAGAGGAAAGGGGAGCGUUCAUGAGCAGCAUGCAGAGUAUAUCCUCAGCCUCCGCCUCUGCUGUCUCUCUCUCUCCUGCUAUUAACACAGCUUGCUUGUUGUGAGAGAGAGGCACUUUCUUCUCCCUACAGCCCAUUCAGUUCAGUUUCUGCUAAGCUGUUUGCUUUUGUUGGUCGUGCUUGCCAGCCAUUCUCAGAUUUAAGCCCUCCUGUUAGAUUUACGGCGAGGCAGGGGCAAGUUUGACCAGUAAAUUUGCGGUGGCUUAAAUGUUUACCCAUGGUGAGCUGGAAGGGGCAUGUGGAGCAUCAAGAGUUCAUGGCGAGAUUGAAUAUUGCCCUUUUCAUCUCCAGAGGGAUGAAGAGAAAGAGAGAAGGUUUAGGAUGUGUGAUCGUUUUAUUUGACAAAUUGAAGGAGGGAUCUCCUGGGCAGGAGGCGACUUUUCCCACACUUUUCUUGUAGACCACUCCAGGAUUAACAGAGCCCAGAGUGGACAGUCUCAUCAAGCCUCAAAGAUCCUUUUUGAUUUCGCACUUCCUUGGUUUUGGACCGUUCUGAACUUUUGAUUGAGAGUUUUAAUUUGAAGAAUGCUCAGCGUAUUCAGCAGAGCAGAUUUGUAUUUUGAGAAUGGUUGAGAGUAAAUCAAGCUCUUAGUUCCAGUUCCACUUGUCCCCACUCAGAAAUGAGAAGCAGACUUCUCUAGCCCCCUCCUGAAAAUAGAGUUUCCAUUGAUGAAACUGCUGCUUACUCUUGUACAGUAAUUCGACCUGGGAUGUAUGGCUAAAUGGAGCGUGCAUGCAUUUAAAACUGUGUUCUUAGGUUGGUGUGCAUGAAUGGUCCACUUUAUCAGUGUCUAGUAGUAUGUGCACACCAUUUCAAUGUUGUGAAUGAAGCUGUGUGUGUGUGUGUGUGCUCAUGCACUCCUGUUGUUGCUUCAAAGAGAGGCACAUUUUCCCACACUGCCAGCAUCACUCCUCUGGGCUUCUCCUGUUAAAGAGACGGGGCCAGAGGAGCCUUCUUUUCUUUUCAGUCUCCUGGCCUGGCUCUGUUCUGUCCUGUUCUGUCCUCAAUUGGACUUUGACUGGAUGCCAGCAAGCCAGGGGAUGUAUGUUGCCCGCCUCUGCCUUCCAAGAGGCCAGGGUCUUUGUUCAAGGGGUUUCUAAGAGUCUUGAGAUGCAGAGUACAAUUCUGCAGAACCUGAAUGGUUCAAUAAAAAGUGGGGUGUUGGUUUGUUGGUCAGCAAGUGCUAGCUACUGUACUGAAGGUAUGUGUCAUGUUCAAUGUAGUGGUGUUGUCUCCAGUGCUGUACAUGAUACUCUACAAGAUCUUAACUCAGUAUGUUGACUUACUCAGUUGUAUGAUAUUGUGAAUUCAGUGCUGAAAGCUUAAGCUGAGAUUCUUUAUGUUGUUUGACUAAUGUUGAAAGUUUUAUGAUAGAUGCGAUGGAAUAUCUGAAUUCUCACUAAAUUAACACAAUGGAAGACACUGUUUUAUAAACCAGGCUGUUUUCACACCUCAGGCUUUUGCUUUGUUCUAAAUUAGAUGAAACAUUUUCUGCAUUGUUGCAUUUUUCUAUUGGGCUGUUUUCUGUUCAUACUGCAACACUGUAAAAGGGGACCUGAAACACACACUAUUUCUGGGCUGUCUUCACGUCAUGAUGCCGGUGUUCUUGUUUCUAAAGUUACUAUGUAAUCUGGCGACUUGCAACUGAAUGUAUCAUCUGUUGGGUAGAGUCCUAACAAAUGCAUCUUGGUUUAUCUUUUAUAACAUCAGAAUAUAACCAUCCCAUAUGUCGUCAAUGAAAAAUAAAAAGCCUUUGUGAAAAGAUAGGUUCGGGUUUGGAUGCAAAAACUGGCGUUAAGAUUGUAACUAACGUUAGCUAGUUAACUUACAAUAUAAUGACUUGUUGACUGACUUCGAGCAGCAAGGAAGUCAAGUGUCUCAUGGUGCAAGGAUACUUGUUUAAUCUCUAGCUACAAAAACAUAGCAAGCGUAUGAACAAGGGGCUUUAACGGCCUUGCCUUGCAGUGUCACACAAUGGCAAAGAAAUGCAUCUGCUGUGUUUACAUGUGUCCAAAUAAUCCAAGCCAAGAGGUUGUUUCAGAGGCUUUCCAAAUAACUCCUGUGUGAGAAUGUCCUUAGUCUAUUUAGGCUUUGGUUUCCAUCAUUCCCCUUUAUUUGCCUUAGACUUACUAAGAUGACUGUCAAUAGCUUAAAAUCUUAGGCCAUAGGUACUUGGCUCAGUACUUCAUACCUGGGUUCUUUGAAGGUUGAAGAAGUUGUUUUGAAACUAAAGCUGUUUCCCUCUUUUGCCUGUCAUUUGGACAUAUCUGAACACACCAAAACGCAGAUGCAGUGGUCUUGGCACACCCCCAAUCAAACCCUAGAGUGAUCUGUUAGAAAUUGACCCAAUGACCAGAAUAAAAAACUGCUUGACUCAUCGCUCAAGGAGUAGAGGUCAGAAAAGGCUAGUUUUUCAUUGUAUUUGAUUUCCUACGCAGCAGGAAAAAGAGACUAUGACAUGAUGUGUAAGGACAGCCCUGUAAUAUUAGUGUGUGAACAACCCAAGGUCAAUUAUCCAUUUUAUUGGGAAAUAUCAGAAAGUAGCAAAAAGCUACAGGCGUGAAAUCUCCCUAAGAUGAACAUAAAGUAAUUAACUAAAUAAACAAUAAAUAAGAUAAAGACAUGGUUGAUGAUAGGGUGGGACUAAUGGCUAAAUGGCUAAUGGUAAACCAGACACACAGUCUUGAAUUAAACUCCAGUUUACAUCUCACUUAACUCAACUCUGCCAGUUUAAGAAAAUUGAAGAGGAUCCCAAAUUUCACCACUAGCCACAUUCAUAAAGACCAACAUGGUGUGCUGUUGUGGUGGUUUGCCAGAUCCUGAGUGUGAACUUCAACAGAAUGGAUAACUCUACCAUUGACUAGCAUGUAAUUAUAGCACAAACCUGACACAUUUUUCUCCCUCAGGAGUUUUCAGUCCUUUUUGUCCUGGUGGUCUAAAGCAUUAUUCAAAAACAAGGCAGAUGAGGAAAUUGCAUUGUUGCUUUAAGGCCAGUAUUAAUCAGCAGUGGGUUCACUGUUCGUGACAAUUGCAGGGUUUUGUUUUGAAAAGCUUCACUUUGACUUAAUUUUGUAAGCGUCAUAUCAGGUUAUGUAAGUAAUUACAAGUUCUGACAGUGACUCAGUGUAUGUUGUUCCAUUUUAUGCAUGAAUUUGUAAUCCAAACCUGUGUGUAUCCGUUCCUGCAGGUUGUGUAUGUGACGGCAACGUUUCCCUACUUCAUGUUGUUGAUCCUGCUGAUCAGAGGAGUGACGCUGCCUGGUGCAUUUGACGGCAUCAAGUUCUACCUCUAUCCAGACAUUUCCCGUCUCUCUGACCCUCAGGUAAGCUUUGACCUUUUGUUUAUAUCUCAAACUGUUAGAAAGUGAAAAACAACUUAUGGUCAUUUGAAUAGAUAUAAAAUCAGAUUACAACUGUGUUUUACCCACAGCCGAGAAAAGCAGGUAUUGUAUUUCAGAGGCACAACAUGCAAAUGUUUCAAGUUUGAAGAAUCUUUUACAGCCCCCUUAUAAUUCAGGAGAAGAAAAUGAAACUGUAUCAUCAAAUUACAUAGUUCAUGGUCAAUAUGAUACAUAUUUUACACCUUUUUAAAACCCUUCCAGUAUAUAUUCCCUGUAUCAUAACUGCAAAUAAAUGAUUAUUAUUUUCAUGGACUCCAAUUUCCACCGUGGUAUUACUUAAGGCAAACUACAGCAUCUUGCUGUUAUUUCAAAAGGUCUAAAAUGUCAGAUUGCGCUGAGCUGUAACUGAGAUUGCGUCUGUCAUCUUACUGUCUGUCUGCUUGUGACAGGCACAAAGUACCAAAGCAGAGCAGGUGGGGUUAAAGAUACUGGACUCAUGGGAGUGAAUUGAAACCCCUGCCUCACACCCACCUGUCUAAAGCUGAUUAGCUGCCAGAGGGACAGGUGGUGUUGUUGCAAUCAUAGUGUGAUGGGUAGUAAGUCAUUUUUAUUUGUUCUCUUUAUAUUUUAUACUUUUAAAUUUCUACUUCUAUAUUACAUUCUGCUUGUACUUACAAUACACUUGUUAUGUGGAAAAGGCAGUGAGCUCAGGUCGCUAGGCAACUGCACCAGAAAAUGUCAGUGGAUGGGGUGUCAUGACAACCUGAAAUGAGAUAGAUGAAGAGUUUAGGUGAACAAAAAAGAGAACACAUCUGAGCACAGUGAUAAAUAGUUGGAGCAUACUAGCAACUGAACUCUGGCACGGCAGACCUGCCAGAUUACUGGUUGUUUAUGCCUCUUAAAACUAACUUUUCAUGCCCAAAACCUUGAAAAUAUUUUUUUAUUUAAGCUUGGGCGUGUAGUUUUUGCCACAGCUUUUAAAGGAUAACCUCUCUGUGGCUUUUAGGUACCCUUUUCAACAAUUUUUUAUCAGAUUAAAUCAUUAAAAAGUACACUGGAGUAAGUCCUUGACUUGCAAUAGCAGCUUGCUUGAAUGCAACAGCUGGAAAACCCCUUCUGAUGGCAGUCAUUAUAUGAGGGUGGGGCUUCACAACAGAUUAGUUUGAGUUGCUGAAGACCCUCCUCUGGUGUCUCAUGACUGGUGUGAUUUUCCCGCAAACUGAAACUGUUGAUGGCAAGUUUUAACUGCAAGGCUUCAGAAAACUGUAUGAGCUUUUUCAUGUUUAGACACCUAUCAUGACUGAACCCAUUAACACUCUUCGUGGUGUCAGCUUGUGCACUGGGUGAGAUAUCAUAGAUGCAAGUAAAUGUGAAUGCUUGUCAAAUAACUGGAAAUGUAGUCUGUCAAAGACAAGCCAGCUUGUUUCACACAGCCCCUGGAGCAAAGGUGUUUGAAGCAAACAGUUUCUUGGCAUUAACCUAGCGUGGAUGAAAGACUACAAAGACUAAAACGGUCCUUCUUGACAAACUGGUUCAUCUCAGACUUGUCACUUGUAUCAACUUUAAUAUCUGCUCAUAAAACACUACAAUAAGCUGUUAAAAGAUUGUUUUGUGAUUUUUUAAAGUUUCAUAGCCCUGUUUUUUUCUAGUUAGAAAACAACUGUAACAGCUGCCUCUAAAAAAUGCAAAUUUCAUAAAGAGGCUCUAUGUAAAAAUCAAAAAUCAAAAGGUAAACCUCUAUAUAUUUUUAUAACCUCAGCCUAAUACAUGAAAUAUUUCAAGCUACUUUGUUUCAACUCCAAUGCUUUUGUUUUACAGUUAACAAAAAUCGUGAAUGCAGUACAUCAAUUUCCUAAGAUCGACCAAUAAAAGGGUUUAAAAUAAAAAACCUCUCAAUAGAGCAUUUAAUUUUACACUUAGCACUUGGUCGGACUUUGUGAAUCCUGAUUUAAGACUGUAUACAGAGUGGACAUCAUCUGACUCCUCGCUGGCUGAAGCCUCUGCAAGAACAGCACCCCCUGGUGACUCGUUGCAGUAUAGGUCACAAACCCCGCCUCCUCCAGCAAAACAAAGGGAGCUACAGGCAAACUUAAACUAAGUCAUAAAAAUGUUACUCACCCCAAAUUUUGGUACUGACAUGUAGUUUUUGCUAAACUGGUUAGUGCUCAAGUCCUCUUUUUUUCUGUGCAGUGCGAAUUUUUUUAAAAGAAGAUAAGUAAGGGUUGUAAAAAGAUUGCGUAGGACAUCCGUAGGUCAUCACAACAUUCUCUCAUCGAAUAUUUCAGGAAAUGGAGAAAAUUCCCUAAAAUACCAGGAGCAAUUUGGCUUUAAAUUCAUACAAUGAUGGGAGGCGGAGUCACAUAGUCCAUACUAUUUUUAAUUUGGACAAUGUGGAUCAUGCAAGAGAUCAUCCUCUGGAACUGCCAAAGUGUUUCUGAAGCCCCAAUUGCUUUGAUAGCAGCCUUCAGGUUGUCUAUAUUUUUGGGGUCAUCAAGUGUUUCUUAUCUGUCUCCGGAGAAAUAUCCCACGGAUCCUCAACAGGAUUCAGGCCAGUUAGUUUGCCAAUCAAGCAUAGUCAGUAUCACUAAAUGAUCAGCUACAAAUUAUCCGGUAUGAGUUUUGGCACUGUGGGCAGGUGAAGUCCUGUUGAAAAAGGAAAUCAGAAUCACCAUGAAGCUUGUCAACAGAAAGAAGCAUGAUGUUUUCUAAAAUCUCAUGGUGGGUGGACAUGUCAACGUGGGACUCAAUAAAAUGCAAUGGGCCAACACCAGAAGAUGGCAUUGCGCCUCAAAUCAUCAUAGACUGCAAAAACUUCAAACUAGACUUGAAACACCUAAUGUUCUGUCUACUUCCAGUUAUCUUUUGAAGAAUCUUGAGUUGAAAAUGAUGCGCAAAAUUUACUGCUCAGUGCUCAGUGGAACAUAAACAACAGUCCAGUUCUUUUUCUCUGUGGCCCAUGAGGAGGCUUUAGAUGCUACCUCUGGUUCUGGCAUGGCGUCAUAUUAGGAAUACAACAGUUGUCGACUCAUUCAUGAAAAUAUCCUUGUACAGUGCAACUCUAUGGGCUGACUGCAGCCUUAGUCUAUCCCUUUUGGCGCUCCCCCAAGGUCUUGAAUCUGUUUUUCUUGAAAAUCUUCUCAAGGCUUUGGUCAUCUGUGUUACUUGCAUAGCUUCAUCUACCAGCUUUGUACCCUUCUUGUCAACUUUCUAUGAACAGCCAGUCUUUUCUCCUUUGAUCUUCUUUGUCACGAUUCUUCACGUGAGCACUGAACAAGACAGAGACACACAGUAUUGAUACAGCUUAAAUAGUUAUUCAUUCAAACUUUUACUACAAUAUUCUCAUAUUCUAAGGUAUAUUAAUCGAUUUUUUAUACUGUAGUCUAUAAAUAUCUGAACUGAAAUUGAAAUAGAAUACUUGAAACAUUUUCAUCUACAUGGGAUAAGUCCAGAGUAGAUAAAAUUUUUAGUUUCUUUAGGAAAUAGAAGGAUAAUAUUGAACUUUUCUGCAGCAGUCUUUUUUUUUCAGGAGCACCUGUAAAGUUAGAGAACAAAGAUAGAGAAAGAUAGUGAGUGAGUGAGAAGAAAUAGAUGGAAAACAAAGACACAAACAGAGCCUCUGAGAGAGUGAAGGAGGGUGAUAAAGCAGCACUGCUGUUUGGCAGAGGAAGACAUUACUUCUGACACCAAUGUUAAAUUAGCUUCCUCAGGGACAAUCAGGGCUCUGUUCUGUUCAGCAGGCUGUAACAAGUGUGUGUGUGGCUGUGUGUCACCCACUCUUUGACUCUCUUGAACUUUAUCACACCGCCCCUGCUCUACUUCUUCCUAUACCUUUCUCUCCCUGGCUGUCUCCCUCCCUCUCACCCUCCAAACUGUGCUGUGCAACACCCCUCCUCUCCUCACUUCUCACUCUCAGUUCCUCCCUGUGAUCUUGUCUUGCUACAACUGAAACAUGUUCCCAUUUGUGUCUUUUUCACCUUCAAGGUGAUUGUUUCAUAAGUCUAAUUUACCGUCAAUUUUCUCCUUAUUUCAAGAGUCAGAGCAAACCAAUUCUUUGAGAUCUGGGGGACAAACUGUUCAGUAAUGGGUCUGCUGUCUGUUCCCGACACCUCAAAACCUCUCUGUGUAAGCUGUCGUCACAUGCACAUAACAAGUGCAUCACCAUUUGGCCAAUAAUUAUAUCUGCUGAUACCGACAAUAAACUUUUUCGGCUUUUACCUGCAGAUACAAACAUCAUAGUGGUAAUACUGCACAUCUCUGAUUGAGAUGUAACAGAAAGGCUAACAAUGCUGUGGCGCAGUAAUCCUUGUUGCAAGUCAAUAGCACACUACUGAUCUAUGUCUACACAAAUGUUUAUGUUGUAGAUCCACUCCAAUCAUUUUUUUUACUCCUUAAAGUAUUCUCAGUGGUUUUUAAGUUGUGAUUAUGAAGUUCUUAGCCAAAAUCACGUUAUCUGUGUCAUUUUCAAGGGCUUUUCUUCUGUAAGGCUCCAGUAGCUCAUUAGCAAUUGCCUCUGAGUUGUGGGCGGAGACAGUGCUGCUCUGCACACUCCUUUUCAUGCUAGCUUGCAGCCUAGAAGUAGUAGGUAACAUAGGAGCUAUUUAGCUCUCGGACACUAAUGUCUUUGGGGGCAUGAUGAAAGUUUAUAUCAUAAUUAGUUUACGAGCGUUGCAAUUCGCUAACGCAAACGCUUGUUCCUCAAUCGUCGUCUCUACUUUUCUGAGUGUGGCCUGCAUAGCGGGGCUCCAGGGGCGGAGCUUGGAUUUGUGACAUAUGAAAUCUCACUGUGUCUGAACCUGCCAUUUGGGUCUGCCUGAGAUUCACAUAAUUUGCAAGAGGAAAUACUCAGAAAUGGAAUUUUGCAAUUAUUUUUCUUGUGAUAUGUCCUGUAGCAUUGGAAAAAUGCCAUAUGAACAUAUAGACAAGAAAAACAUGAUUUUCGUCGGAUUUGGUUCUUUAAGUUGCAGUUUGUUCAUGAGCUCAAAACCUCAAUACAGAUGAUAAUUUCGCCUCAUGAAAACUGAUGACUUAGAUGAAAUAAUAUUUGACUUAUAAAACAUCAUCAAUGAAAUGGCAUAUGUUUGUGUCUUCUCAAAACCAGGAGAUGUUUAAAAUCAGUUAAACAUUUGGCUAGAUUAGGGCUUGUUUUAUUUCACCAUUUACAUUUUUUUCAAUUUCUAAACAACAAACAGUGCGCCUCAAACUCCUCACAAGGAGUAGAUAUUGUUCCUGGUCAAAGCUUUUUUUUAGUUAAAAGGAUAGAAACAUAUCCAAUUAUAAAUUUAAGUUUAGAAUUUAAUGGGCCACCAUGGGGAACACCAUGAUAUAAAACAUUCACUGCACCAGAAGACCAUCCCACAGUUUAUCUCCACUAUCUUUCACGCAGUAGAAAUGCGUCCUGGAGUUGCAGUCUCAACAUUACCAAACACAAGCUGGCCAAAUUAGGCACAACAUCAACAAGUGAUUCUCUCUGAGCCUGGGCCUUUAAGGCUUCCCUGCGCUGUGCGGCCAUCAGCCGAGGGUGAACUAAAGGGAACAUUAAUGAACAUUAGGAGAGAAAGGCCUGUUCUUCCACAGGAACAGUCCUGUGUUUGUGAGGUCACAGAAGUUACCGUGGUUACUCCCAGGAGGUAGUGAAGACCGUGCGUUUGUUAAUUGUUUCUCGGUGGGGAAAUGAGAUUAGUAGCUGAAUGGUGAUGUGAGAGAGUUUUCAAAGAGCCAUGCUGCAUUAAGUUUGAAUUCGCUAGCACUUCAUGCUACCCUGCAGGUUCUAGGGUCCAGCGCUGCACUACAAACUACUUUCACAAAGAAUAUCUUACUGAUGUCUCAGCAAAGAAUUCAAUAUGUGCAAACUCAACAUGAAGCCUUUGAACCAAAAUACUGAGACUCCACUAUUGAAAGUUAAAAAAAAGAUAUCUUGCACUUUGCAGUAUUUCAGCUGUGUAAUUAUACUCAUCACAGUGGUUUAAGGGACAAUUAAUCGUUGUGCACUGAGCCUUGUAUCUACCAGGUAGUUCAAUUUGGGUACACAAUCCUAGGAGAUUAAACUUCUGGAAAAGUUCAAGAUGAUGUCCCGACAUCUCUCAUUUGUAUGUGAACUCCAUUUUCAGUCCUUGAUUUUGUUUUGUUUUUGUUGGUACCAAAAAAAAGAUCACAAAACUAUUCAUAAAUACUGAUGUUGUACAUAUAUGAAUAUAGUUUUAAUGUACCUAUUCUGUGUCAAACUGUGGACAGGAAAUGAGUAUACAUUUUUAGUCACUAGUAGACUGUAAGGAUGGUAAUCUAUGAUUCAUGCUGCUCCGCUGAGUGCCCCUCUGAGGGAAAGCCGCACUUCAACUGAGCCAUAAUUUCAUUAUUAAGUCACAGCGAUGAUGGAGAUCAGGUACGUGAGAGGAAACAAAAGGAUCACAGGCUUUCAAUGGAUGAUAAAAACUCACCUCUUAUCAUAUCAGGCUAAUCUCUUGAAUUGGUAAAGCGUCUUCUUCAUUUUGUGAAUCUGUGAUUACAUUAAAAUGGGAUAUCUCACUAAUAAUUUAUACUGGCAGUGAAAAUAGGUGUAGGAGCAGAGAUUAAACUGGCAGCUGGAUUAUGAACAUUACAAGUUAUCAGAUGCCUUCAAAAUAAUUUUACAUUGUCCAUGACAUAUUUAGUUUCUGUGUUCAAAUCAAGGAAAAAAUGUAGAGAUGAGAUGGACUGAGGUGAACUUGUGUGUGGAUAGCUGAUGUUAUAACUUACGUGUUCCUUGUUUGAUUCACUUCUGUUGCUUGUUGUACCUACAACCUUCUCUGUGUCCUUAUGUUUCCUUUCUACAGCUUCAAUAUCACUCCUCUGAAUGUCAUAAAAAUAACCUAAAAAGUAUACAUUUUUAAUGCUGAAACACUGAAGGGGUUCAUGAGCAUGAGGUUUACAUAAUUUAUUUACUAUAACCUUCACAAUUAUCCGAUUAUAGCCUGGACUGCUUGGCUAAACUUCUCAAAGUAAAUCCUCAAAAAAGAAAGGUACCACCGUGAGAAACUUUAUGCCAAGGAAGAUUUUAGUUGGCAGCUGGGGAAAUAAGCCUCUAGUUGUUUUGGCUGUUUUGAUAUAAAUCUGUCUCUCAUCUGUGUAUUUACUCUAUCUUUAUAUUUGUCUCAGGUAUGGGUGGACGCUGGAACCCAAAUCUUCUUCUCCUACGCCAUCUGCUUGGGCUGUCUCACUGCUCUGGGAAGUUACAAUGCCUAUGAUAACAACUGCUACAGGUAAAAUCAAGGUUUGGAGCUGCUGUAUAAAUUGAGCGAAAUGUUUCUUUUUUUAUGGUGUACACAACUAUUCAUUCAUUCAUUGUAUAGAGGUAAGAGGAUUCAGAAGAAUAUAUUGAAAAACAGCUCUCACAGUGAGGUGAAAGGUCUUCUGUCUGUCUUACUCCUCAGGGACUGCAUCAUGCUGUGUUGUCUGAACAGUGGCACCAGUUUCGUAGCAGGUUUUGCUAUCUUCUCUGUGCUGGGCUUCAUGGCCUACGAGCAAAAUGUUCCCAUUGAGGCUGUGGCAGAAUCUGGUGAGUGAAUAUCCGUUUUUUUUUUUGUUUGUUUUACAAUGAAAAACUUGAUAAAAACCUCCUUUUAAACCUGUAAGGUGGAUUUACAUUUGACCUGCAGCAGAUACCAGACACUGAGGAAAGCCAGUCUAACUCUCUGUGCCCCAUCGUCUAAAAUAGAUAAACAUGACUGGUUAUGUAACUCCACCUAGGCUCUUAGACCGCCGCACAAUGAUUUAUUUAAGUCACUAUAAAUGAUUUAGUGAUUGCAAGAGGAAGAGAUUUGAAAUGUUUGUCUUGGAUCACAGAGAGUACAGAGCUUAGUGUCGUCAAGUAAAGGUGUUUGAAAACACAAUACAUCCAACUUCACAACAUUAUCCCAUCCCAUUCAUGUCCUCCUUUACUAAACAAUGUGCAAUUCUCUUUUCUGCUCCAUCAUUGUGAUUUAACGUCCAGUUGGCUUCAUAUGCAGAAUCAUUUUCUAGAGACAUUAAAACAAACUGUAAAACUGAUUCAAUCAGUAACAAGACAUUGUCAACUACUCGAUUAAGCAUAGGGUUAGAAGCUUCUUCCAUUAUUGGCAUUUUAAAGAAUAAAUAGCAGAUGUAUCUGCUCGUACCAUAGUUGUUUGAACAAUACUCUAAUGAGUCCCAUUGGCCUUCCCCAACUAAGCAGGCAAGGAAAAAAAAAGAAAAUGUUCAUGGGAGAGAAAAUAAAAACAGUAAGGAAACCAAACAAAAGCAGACCACCGAUAUAACUAAAUAGACUAAUAUGCAAAAGUGUAACAGUGAUGUCACACUCAGGGCACCAUGAAACACAAUGCUUUGCUUAAAACUAAGAUUCCUAUCUGUGAUCUGUUCUGAUGCGAUACAGGUCCUGGUCUUGCGUUCAUUGCUUACCCCAAAGCUGUAACUAUGAUGCCUCUGUCUCCUCUCUGGGCCUGUCUUUUCUUCAUGAUGCUGAUCUUCCUCGGUCUGGACAGUCAGGUAAGUAUACAAAUAAGAAAAAAAUGUCCCGGUAAAUCUGUCAAUUUCUAACUGUUUGCAUAAACUGAACAUGAGAUAGAUCUUUCAGUUUCCUCAUUUAGCAUGUGGAAAGUUUGAUUUAAAUUGUCUUCAGCUUGAGAGAUUGGAGCAUGGACACCUUUUUUAACUUUGAAUUGUGUUAUGUCAUGUUUUUCCCUGCAGUUUGUGUGUGUGGAGAGUUUGGUGACGGCUGUGGUGGACAUGUACCCAGAAACCUUCAGGAGAGGCUAUCGCAGAGAGCUGCUGAUUUUGGGCAUGUCUAUAACCUCCUUCUUCAUAGGACUCAUUAUGUGUACAGAGGUAUGUCUCACUAAGUUUUUAAGACAUUUCAAUCUACAGUUGUGAGCAAACAGUCCAAAGGGAGGUUUUUAUGUUUAACCUGCAUCUGCCGGCAUAUAUGAGUAUAUGCUAGCUUUAGCUUUGUGAGUGAUAAAACAUGAAAUACAUAGUUACACGAGGUAUAGAUACAACAGUUGGCAGAUGAUAUGUAACAUGUGGCAUAAUCCUUGCAAAUCCUACUUUAAGUUUGGAGAUAGAUGAAUCAUUUUGUUGGUUGAACAGGUGCAUUCACAGAUGAUGUUUCUACUUGUACACCUACUAGCUUAUUUCUGGGGGAUUGGGUGGGGAAACUGCUGUCAGCUACUUUCAGCUCAGGAGCUUAUACUGUUUUCAACUUCACAUAGUUUGUAUCAUGGCUAUCAUCAGCAUCAUCAUCGCCAUCAUCAGUGUGUUCAUGAGGGAUGAAACACAGACACGUUUAUUGUAAAUUAAGAGUCAGCUGUCUGAAUGUUACAGAAAAUUUCAAAGACGAGCACCCAUUGAUUUAAAGUAGUUCAAUACUUUAGCUGUGUGAUCCACCACUGUGUCCAUGGCUUUAUAGAAAUACACUGAGAUCUACCCUGUGGUUUUUAAGGUCUUUGUUCGAGUUACCUGCUCAGGCCUGUAUACAUGAGACCAGCUCUGCAAUCAUGGAGAAGAAACUUCAAAAGAUCUGUCAUCCACUUAAAGCCUUUCAUGUGUCCAUACGCGCCGCUCUCCAUUCACCUCCACUGAUUACAUUCUGUUGUAGUAGGUUUGACCUGAACUCUGUUUGUCAUCGCCCAUUCUCACCCAAAAAGAAAACCUGCCAAUUUCUCCCUCUGUUUUUCCUUUCAGCUCUACCUGCACUCUGUACACUCAAGUCUCUUCUGCUGCCAAAGAGCCUUCAUGAAUAAACUAGAGGAGGAUUAAAUCACAGUUCAAAAAGUCCUCUGGGAGUGUAGUUCAGUGCCUGGCCUUAGAAGGGGUGCAAAGAGGGUCACUGAGACAUUUUGAUGAUAUUUUGUUCUGUUUAAAGGUAGUUCAGAGCUAUGAUGUAACGCUGCUCUCAGAUUCAUGUGAGAUUUUAUAUAUGAAGGGACUUUGAGGAACAGAUUAGUUGUCUGUUGUGGAGUUAGUGCCGGCAGAGUGAACGGUAAAAUUUAUGUGCUGCAACUGAUAUUAAACUGUUCAAUCUUUUGAUUUUAUUAAUAUACUUUUAUAUUUACAGUAUUUUUGUAAAUAUUUAUAAUUUUUGGUGCUGAGAAUCAGGUGAGAAGCUUGACUGCUGUGAAAAGAAAUGGUGAAACGAGCCAAAACAUGGUGGCUAUGAAAAGCUGUUCUGCAGCCUUUCCCUUUAAAAUCGCCUAAGUAUGUCACAGCUAUGUCGUGUGGAGAUGAAGUUUAAAUAGCUCUCUCUAGAUGUAACAUGCAAUAACAAAAUAUUUAACAGGACAGUGUACUGUAUUAAAGUAUUAUUCAACUGAUGAAACACUUACAGAGUUAUUGAUAUGAGAUUUAUUUGAGAAUAAUGUAAUUUUUUGGCAAAGCUUAAGAAGCAGCUGGCAUGCUGUCAGUCUCUAACAGCAGAAUCAAGCACACCUGAUUCCCUGUAUGUAUAAAGGGAUCCUGUUGAGUCUGAUUUUUAAAUGUCUGAGACAGACAAAUAACACCUGUCUUGUCCUACCAGGGAGGGAUGUACGUCUUCCAGCUUUUUGACUCCUAUGCUGCCAGUGGGAUGUGUUUGCUGUUUGUGGCCAUAUUUGAGUCCAUAUGUAUCGGCUGGGUUUACGGUAAGAAAGCAGUCUCAUCUUAAAAUGUAAUUAGAGAGCUCAAAGAAAAAUACAUCUCAUUCCUCACCCCCUGUCACCACAGGUAACACUUUUAAAUCUGAACACCUGUCAGACAUUUCAGCACUGAAGGAACGAUUGCUGCACAAACACUGUGUUAUCCUAUAAUUGUCCACGCUGCAGUCACAUUUCUUUUCUGCCCUCUGCUGGAGAACAGGUUUAAACACAUGCAUUACUUAGUGUUAUACAAGCCACACAAAUAUCCUUUAUAAUAAAUUCAUAAUUAUCACCAUAGCAGCAUGAAUAAUCACAAUUUUUGUUCCUUGAAUAGAUUUUUUCUAUGGCAUUUUUCUGUCUAAAGAGAAUGAUUUUAUGGCUUUUAGUUUUGUGUCUUAAUACAGUCACAUUAACCCAACUGUCUGUUUUAUUUAAACAUCAUUUGACAACAAAUCAAAUUAUAUUAAUUAAGCAUUAGGUAAGACUGUUCCGCAUGCAGCAGAGCUGAUUGAUUUGACUCUCUUCAGGGAAGAUGUCAAAGUGAAUUUCGUCUACAUACAAUCAGCAGUUUUAAGUCAACAGCCAAAUACUGUCAAAACACAUCAAUCAUUUAUUACUUUGGUGAUACGUGCAGAAACUCUGAGUCUCUGUAUUUGCAUUUCAGGUAGUGACAGAUUCUACCUUAAUAUUGAGGACAUGAUCGGCUACAAACCUGUCUUCUUCAUCAAAUGGUGCUGGAUGAUCCUGACCCCGGGCAUCUGUGCUGUGAGUCUCACUGCAGACACAAAAUCAACGAGACGAGUGGGAGCAUUAAAGACAGGAAACAUGUUUCCAUGAAAAAAAGAGUUCUGAGUGAUGGUUAAAACUGUCGGGAGAUACCUGCUCUUAACUGUUGUAGGUAUAGGUCAAUUUGAGCAGUAUGGGUUGGGAGGUAAAUGAUUCAAACAACUGAGCGUCAUCACCCUGCUCGUCUGCUAGAUGAAUCAUGAGUAGAUUAACUCUUCUAGGCCAGAUGUUGUGUCCAGGUUGUAGCAUGUGUCAUCUGCGACCAGCUCUGGUUAAUGGCUACGGCCAUUACCCUGCAAUGCUCUACAAACCAGAUGUAAACAAGCACAGAUAACAGAUGGUCUCUAAGGGCGCAUUCACACCAGGACUGUUUGGUUCAUUUUAAAAGGACAAUGGUCCCCUUACUCCUUUGGUCUGGAUGAUAUCAACACCCAAGCAAACCGUGGUCUGAACUGUGGGCCUGCACUGAAAUUAAGGCGGGAAAUUAUUCCCAUCCAGAGGUUGCAGCAGACAGAGAACAGCCGGUCAAAACACUGGACUGUCCGUAAAACUGGAUAAAUGGCAGAGGGUUUGUGUUCUAAUCAGACUAUAUGUAAAUUGGUUGAUGUCUGCCUCCUCGCUGGGUGAAGCCAUCGCGAGAACAGCACCCUCUAGUGACAGGCUGCAGUAUAGGUCAUAAAUCCCACCUCCUCCAGCAAUUCCUAUGGAGCUGUGGACAAACUUUAGAAAUUAAUUACAAAGAAUAUAAAUUUUUCUCCCCCCUGCUUGCAAUGUUGACAUGUAGUUACUGUAAGACUGGUUUGUGCUCAAAUCCUCUUUUUUUCUGUGAAGCUCAAUUUUUUUUAAGUUGUUAGGAGGUUCAUGUUUUCUUUGAUUGACACUUGAUAAGGUCUAUGGUCGUACAAAGAUUGCAUAGUUCACCUGGGGGAUACACUGUUUGAGCUGAGCAUCAUCACAGCGACUCUUUAGCCAAAUGCGUACAACGCUACUGUGCAAGUGGUGGUUCCAGGAAGUGGAGAAAAUCCCGGAAAUACCGAGAGCGAUUUAGCUUCAAAUUCGUAUAAUGAUGGAGGGCAGGGCCAAGUUGUCCAUAGUAUAUACAGUCUAUGGUUCUAAUACAAUAGUCGGGUGAUGAAUAUUAAAUACAUACCUGGGUGUUCUUCUGUUCAACAAAUACACUGACAAUGUGUUAUAGACAUUCCUUUGCAUUAAUGACUGGCGUCUCCUCGCACAACGUCUCCGCCACCUCUGGUGAAUUUCGUGAAGCAAGACGCCCAUUGUUCUCCCUGGUCGACUACUUUCUGUGUCCGUUGUUUCUGUUGUGGGACAAUGAAGAUUGUGUCCCAAAUGAGCGGGAGACAGACAGUGAUUUUCCCUCGUAAUUUUUCCUAAUUUUCCCUCUUUUUUAACCAUUUGGUUCACUAAGCUAAAGUACCCUGUGAACACUAACUGGACUAAAUACAAAAUACAAAAAUGUAAACAUCUGGUCCCUGAUCUGGACCUUGUGGACCAAUUGGACUUUGGGUAAGAGAGGCCCUGCACUGUCCUGAAAGGUCAGGACAGUGCAGUAUGGCAGAAUUUGAUCUAGAACACUAAGUUGAAGUUGUAUGAAGAUUGGGUCUAGUUAUGUUAAUGUUGACGGUAACCUUCAAGGAGGACAGAAGGCUGGUCAUGCUAUCGCUGCUGUCUAUCCGCAACAUAUUUUACCUGCAGACUCUGCAGCAGGAAAAUAUACAGGGGUAUAAUGUAUCAGUAUCAAGAUUGAAAGACAGCGUCAACAUCGUCCCCAUUCAUCACUUUUCAUGGGUUGAAUUUUAAACAUACUGCAUAUGUGAUACAACACUACACUCACUACACAAGUGAAUUCAUUUGACUAAGAAAGGAGGCAUUAUUUUCUCAAAAUGCUAAAUAAUAUCUAUAAAUAAGAGUGUCAUGUUUUUCUUCUGUAGGCUAUUUUCCUCUUCUUCCUGAUUAAAUACAAGCCUCUGAAGUACAACAAUGUGUACACCUACCCUGACUGGGGCUACGGUAUUGGCUGGUUCAUGGCCAUGUCCUCGAUGGUCUGCAUCCCCCUGGGAAUUAUCUGGAUGAUCUGGAAGACACCCGGCACCUUCACUGAGGUAAAACAGAAAGUCUUGUACUGCGAUAUUUUGAAGGAUGUCACUUAACAAGGUAAUAAUGCAACUCAAGUCUGCCUCUCCAGUCCUCAGCAUUCGAGUCCAAGUCACCAGAGAGAAACUCUAGAGGAGCUACAGUUCAAUCCCCAUUAAGUCUGAGUCUGGGUCCAGUCCUCAUUAUUAGUGUUGCUUUAUUUAACAUUGUUACAAACAGUUUUGUACUUCAAACAGUUGACAGUGUUAGGUUGGAUUGCACGCAUUAACCUGGACUGAUUCUGACUGAUCAUGUCAGCGUGUUUGGAGAUUUAGAUUAUCAAUGAAAUUACAGCGUUGUGUGUUGGGUACUGCACUUGUCUUGAUAAAGGGGCACACUCAUUGACCCUGUUGAAAUGGGAUAAAUACCUGCAGCUCAACUGCUAUGAGAUGGUUUGUUUUUAAGGGAGUUUGUUUUAGAUAUUUUAUACGAUCUGUUGUUUUUUUUAGUUGCAUUGCAGUGAGAACAACAGUGUUCACUGACGAUGUAAAGUUAUCAGCUUAACAAUCCAGGUGAUUUUAGCCUCUUGCUCACUUUUUCAGGUUCAUCCCAGACAGAUCUCUGUCAUAGUUUGAGCUUGUCCCUGUCUUUAACCUUAAAGGCUCUGCUACAUAUCCAACAUGUUGCAUUGCUCUUGUCUACAAUUACUCUUGUUGAACCUAAACAUACAGUUCAUAGUGUCUCUCUAUUCAAAGUUUUUUACGCUGGUUUUGCAGAGAUUAGGUGGUUUUUAAUUUAUCCUACAUAAGCAUGGAGAACAUUUCCUUGUGUUUGUCACUAACACAGCAAAUAACCUUACUCUAUAAUUCAGAUAAUAUCCCUCACCCUGAGGCGGUAUGAUUGAUUCAAGCUUUUAUGCCUGGUCAGGGUAAAUGAAUACCUCUGUAAGCAUUAAUGAGCAGGUCUUUAUUCACUCAAAACAACAAUGCAUUGUUUGUUUCACAUUUUGAUAGGAUUAGUAACAUUUAUUAUGAAAAGACUUUUAUUCACAUUGAUAAGAGUUGAAAAUCAGACUCAGUCAUUGCAGAGUCCUUGAGGAAACAUGAUGGACCCGAGUGCCUUGUUGUGAAGAUAAUGAAUGAAAGAAAUGCAUGUGUUGUAUCACCCCCCUCUCACUGUCUUAAAGGGAUCACGUUAUAGUCUGAUGAUUUCCCAUAAUUGCUUAGGGCAGGAUCAAAUGAGCUGUUACAGGUUUUUGAUGUUCGAUGAUCAGUAGUGUAGCUUCUGGCAGAUCCAAGACGUGCUAAAAACAAGAAUGAGGACUCAUUAUCUGUGUCUUUGUACUGAAUGACAUCCAGAUUGCAAUGUUAGUGCCCAGAGAAAUGACAUAAAAAUGAUGACUGAGUUUUUGAAGGGUUUGUCAACGCUUUUUGUGCAGUAACUUGAUAUUAAGGUGACUGAGCAGCUGAUUGUUUUGGACAAAAGUUGGUUUUGGAUGUGUGACUCUACCCCAUCCAGUCCGUAACAAAGACAGGUGAGGAGAUGGAGGACGUUUCAAAAGUUGGCGGCUAAAGUCGACAAAGUUAAUGUGGUAGGAGGUGAACAGCUUGCGGAGUACUUAAAGUCCAUUUAUCGUGAUCAAGGUGAACUGCUCACUUUAUUGUGAUGUUGACUUGAGGCCGUAUCUUUAAAAAAAGACACCAUUCAGAGUUACAUUACUGCUCAAAACUUAGUGGCCUGCACACAAACUCAAGUUUUUUAUUUAAGUGUAUUUUUGUUGAUGCUUUUUUGGUUCCUUCAAAGUGUUGGACUUUAUGCAUGAGCUGCGUCUGCCAAAAGCUGCUUAUAUGAGUUUCAUUGUUUUAGGGGAAUGAGAAGUACACAUUUUUUCUCUCUCAAUCCUCUUUGCAGAGAAUAAAGAAGCUGACAACUCCCAGCCGAGACCUGAAAAUGAGAGGGAAACACGCUGCUCUCAGUCCUUAUGCUGCCAAUGAUGCCAAACUCAAGGUUGAUGGGAAAAUAUCCACCAUCUCAGAGAAGGAGACGCAUUUCUAACUGGCCAUCCGGCUGACUGCCCAACUGACCGCCCAAGCUGCCCGCCGUCUUUACAAUAAGUCAAGAAAACUACAGCAAACAAAAACACACACUACACAAAACAGGAAAAGAAACAAAUGACUGGGAGUGUUAUUUUUGUUUUGUACAAAAAAAGGAAAAAAAGGAAAAGUUAUCACACGAUUAUAGUCUGCUUCUGUUUGCACAAACUUUGUUAACACAUUUGUUGUUUUUCAUUAACAUCGUGACUAAAACAGCUGUUUCUUUCUAUUCUAACAAUUAAUGUUUUAAAACUUGUUUGAUCACAUAUUUGGUAAAAACUUGUUCUGGUACCUUGUCAGUAUUGUUCACACUUGUGUCACAGCCUUUACACACUUUGUGUUGUGUUGUAAAGGUUUACGGUGUAAAUUUAUUGGCAAAGUGCUGUGCCUCUCCUUUAGGUACUAGGUACCCAAAUGGGAAUAAGAUGUAGCAGCUUGGGGACCAUUUCACACAGUUCUGUGUGUAAAGAGGAAGACUGCAAUUCGUGCUAGUGGGCUACAGGGGGGCCUUCCCUAAGUACCAUUUGUAUAUAGAGUUUGUCCAUUUAAAUAUUGGUCAAUAACUUUGCCAAUCGUGACUGUGAGGGCUGUGGAGUGUUUUUGGGCCUUAGGUUGUUCUUGUUCACUUGAAAUCAAUGUUGUUGCUAAGCAACAUAGGCAAAAAAAACAGCUUACUGGAUGUAAUUGAAUAGUUUUACAAGGUUGUUGAUCAUCAUGUUAAAGCAUAUUGGAUCUUGAGGGCUGUGGUGACUUCGAUAGCACCAGUGUUUAAGAUUUUUCAGUCAUUUUUACAGAUGAGGGAUAAAAAUCCUGAGUGCAGAUACUCUUUAAACUCAUUCUCAUCAGUUUAGGACUUGGUUAAUUUCCUAUCUCCAGUUUUGAGCCACAUAUAGUUGCCUAUCCACAAAACAGCAGUGACUGACUUGCAGGGCGAGUCUAGAAACACCUCUCUCCUUUAGCUGCCAUCCUAUAAGUAGUGUCUCUCUGUCAUUUCACAGUAAUUAUGCUGAGUCUAACACAGAGUGACAGACAGAUGUGCCCCCCUUCCCCCCUUUUUUAUUUCCCCUCUGCCUGUAGAAGAGAGGAUGGACACCCAUCAGAUGAGCAUUUUCAAAUUCAUCUGUCUGCUCCUCCCCUCUCUUUCUUUUCCCUUCUCUGUUUUCUCCUGCUGUCUCUCUUUCUCAGCUUUGACCUCUGUUUGUCCUCCCCUAUAAUGUUUCUGUCUUCGCCUUCUCUCUGCCUCAUGGAGAGCAAUGUCACAAGCCUUAAAUGAAUCUUGAGUAAGUUUGUCACAGACCUAUAUAUUAGAGAUAGUCUGGAUAGUGAUUAGUGUUUCCAUGACCUUUGUCCUGACAUUGUAAAUCUCACUCGGGGAUGAAAUAGAUCUUUAAUUUUUGCUCCUCUGGGAGUAGGGGGGGAACACAGUUUGUUGCUGUCAUCUAUUUAAUUGUGGUGAGAAUCAAUGAGCUGGUCUCGUUGUUCAGAUCAAUCUCAGUCCAUUACAGCCUCAUCCUAUCACCGCUCCAAUGACUCCCAAGUUUUCCCACCUCCCUUCCUUGCUUUCUUCGUCUAGCUUUCCUGCUUCCCAUCAUUUUCCUUCCCUUUGUCUUUGUUUCCUAAUGAAAAUGCAAUCAGAGGAAUGCACUAGAGGGGGUGACACCCAAAUUUCUCUUUUUACAGUUUUUCAGGAGGAGGCAAAGAGAGCAGGGAAAGAAAUAAGGGGUUGAUGAGCUGAGGAAGUGCAUGAUCGAGGAAGUAAUGAGGGAAAUCGAGGAAGUGAUUAAUGACCGAAGCCCCUCCUGUCUAAGCUGUGACACCCUCCUAAAACAAGUGAUUGGUCCCUCUGGUUUUGAUGCAUUAUGACAUUAUCACCUCCUCACUGAUGUUUGUGCAAGUUAAUAGAUGUGUGCAUCAGAAAAGUAUAGCCUGCUGUUUAACACUGAUUGUGUUGAUGUAUAUUUUUACAUCUCUUUUUAGAAAUCUGUGGUCUGUUUCUCGAGAUGGAAGAUGUUUUAAAAAUUUUGCUGUAUUAAAAAAAAAAUACAUCCUUUGUUUUGACUUUUGAUAUGCCGCUCAAAAGAUCUUGUUAUAGAAAUAUAAUGAAAGGUGUUUUACUGUUCUUUACUGUUCUACACACAUUUUGGUAUUCACAGGACACAGGAACUGUCUGCUUACUCAUUUUUAAGAAUAAAUAUUGUAAAGAGACGUACAGAAUGU